ACCGCAUUUAAAAUAUGUGCUCCAGAUUGCACACUGACGUGAAACAUGUUUCUAUACAGUUAUAUGUUAUACGCAUUCUUCUUCCUAAAUGGAAUAGCUGUUGGAAGGAAAGAUAAGACAGUUGAACAAGCCUUGGAUUAUGUGUUCCAAUUACAGGCGAGUAAUUGCGGAGAUUUGGUGAUUGGUGACGUUCUGCCCCUUCAGUUUGAUGUCACCGCCUGGGAUCAAUACGCGGAUCCUGCAAUUAGGACUGCCAAUUUACUUUCUAAAGUGAUUGGACUGAAUAAUGGAACGCUGGACUCUCUCACAGACGAAAUGCUCUUUCUUUUGGUACGAAAUAACGUGCACGGAGAUUCUCUCAUAUUUGGGGCAUGCAUCGCACUUGAGAGAGGGGUUUACAGCAAAUACGAUUUGUUUGCACCAUAUGCCUACAAGAGCAACAACACUAUACGAUCUCACGACCUCUCCGUCAAUUACUUUUACCUUCACCCUGACAGAGAAUGGUACAAUAGUGUCAAGGUAAAAGACAAGUCAAAUAUCACCAUGGCUACAGAGGAAGUGGUUUAUAGAAAAGGUUACCAAUGGCUACCGGAAGUGGAGGAACUAUACCCGAUGGCUUCUCUGGCUGACGGUCACUGGACAAAUCCUUACUAUGACUGUGGUGGUGGGGAAAUAUGGAUGGUUACUUACUCAGCACCUAUUCUAAAAGUAAAAGAUGGGAAAGCUGUUUUUCAAGGUGUGGCUACAAUAGACAUAGAACUAACGUAUAUUGAUAUAAAUCAAUGUGACAGUGAUGAAUCGAUUACAACAUCGGGACUGGAUGUUUUCCGUGGAACACACAAAUGUCAGCCUACAACUACGUGUGUUCCUGAGAAAGGAAUGGGGUUCGUACCAGGCGCUUAUCGAUGUGUGUGCGAAGAUGGGUAUUUCUUUCCAUGGCCAAAUUCUGAUGUCAAUGCUUUUACAGGACAGGAGAUAGAAAAUUUCUCACGUUAUUCUAACAACACUUUCGAGAAAGGGAAGUUCCAAUGUAAUGCGUGCGAAGCCGGAUGUGACACAUGUGUCGACGCCUCACCAUGUUUACAUCAGCGACACGAAACACUUAUCAUUACACUGAUGAUUUUAAAUGUCCUGACUGUUUUAGGAAUCAUUGUCAUUUCUAUCGGAACAUAUUGUUAUAGAAAUGUAACGGUAAUGAAAGCAGCAAGUCCAAUAUUCCUUGAACUGGUUUGUCUUGGUGGAGUGUUUAUUUAUGGUCAGUUUUUCAUGAAUUAUCCAGAGGCUUCGGUGAUAACAUGUAGUAUUCGUGUCUGGUUACGCCAUGUUGGAUUCAUUUUCAUAUAUGGUUCUCUUGUAUUAAAAUCAUGGAGAAUUUCUAUGAUUUUAACAAUCCGAACACAGAAGCGAUUUUGGUUACCAGAUAAAGCUCUUCUGCAAAGAUUUUGUAUACUUCUGCUUUUGGUGGUUGCAAUUCUUAGCGCAUGGAACAUCAACAAACCACCAAACAUUGAAACUCUGAAAACUACAGAUGGUCUUAAGUUCCAUGUUUGCAAUUUUAGUCCAUGGCAGUAUGCUUUGAUAGGAGCUGAGAUACUGUUCCUUUUAUACGGUGUGUACCUGUGUUUCACCGUUCGUAAUGCUCCAGCAUUUUUCAACGAGAGCAGGCACAUUACCUGGGCUAUAUACAAUGCUAUAAUCUUAGGAAGUGUGAUGUCGUUAACCUCUCGCCUGUUUGUCUCCGUUAUUGGUCCAGAUUACAUGUUGGUUUUCGAGUUUGCUCAGAUACAAGUGUAUGCCACAUUAACGAUGAUCAUCAUAUUUGGACCAAAGGCAUGGGCAAUAAAAUCAAAGAUGGAGAUUGUAGCAAACAAUUCUGCUUUUGGCAUCAACACCAUCACUGGUGGAUUAGUGCCUAAAGAACAUACAGGAACACAGACAGAUUAGAUAGAUGUUUAGCUCGACUUCUUUGAAGAAAAACUUUGAGCUUUUGCUACAGUCAGGCCGCCAUUGUCGAUGCCGUUCAGAAACUUUAAUCUUGGCCAUUAGUUUUUUUUCUUCUUAAUUUAUAAAUGACUGACUUUCAAGGUCGAUUGUUUGAAUUUCUUUAUUUUUGCUAUAGUUGGAAAUAACUUUGUAAUGUACGAAUGGAUUGUCUUAAUACUCGAACACAAAACAAUUCUUUGGAUAAUAGGAUACCUUCAAGUAGAUCAAAUUGAUUUUGACCUUCACUCAUCAAUGACCUUUCCCUUAAAUGUCAAAUUAAUCUUUUUGCUAUAAUUGGCUUUAACUUUGAUAUUUAUGAAUUCUUAAGAAUAACUGUCUUAAGGACAAUGUUUAAAAAAAAUCUAAUUCAAUUUGACCUUGACCUAUUAAUAACCUUGAUCUUGAAGUUCAAAUUUUUGUAUUUUUAUAUGAUUAGCUAUAACUUUGUAAUUAUUCAAUGUAUUUUCUUUAAACUUCAGCACAACAAUCCUUGGAACAAGACAUUUAAGAAGAUAUAACUGAACUUGACCUUGACCUUUUUCGACCGUCAUGUUCAAAGUAAUGAAUUUUGCUACAAUUGGUUUUGUAUCUUUGCUAUUUAUUUACAGAUUCGAUUCAUGUUUGGACAAAAGCGCACAUGAUACUAAACCGAUAUGUUGAUUUAUUCUGAUAUGACCUUGACCUUGAAUUUACCUAUACCCUUCAGGUCAAAUUAUAGAAAUUUGCUUAAAUUGUCUUUUUUGUUAUUUACUUACAGAUUUGACUCAUACUUGGACAAAGAAACACAUGCCAACACUGACAUGAUGAAUUAUUAUGAUAUAACCUUGACCUGGAAUUAACAUUUACCGUCAGUGUCAAAAUAUUGAUAUGUGCUUAAAUUGUAAUAAGGUUGUUAAUGACUUAUGGAUUUGAUUCGUUCUUGGACAAAAGAGCACUUAUGACAAAACUGACAUUAUGAUUAAUUCAAAUGUGACUUUGACCUUUGAAUGACCUGGACCGUCACGGUCAAAUAUGAAAUGUGAAUUUCAUAUGUUACAAAAAAUAUUUUUUGUAAAAGUACUCUUUACUAUAAUAUUUUCCUCUGUUGUAUCUGACUUUAGAAAUAAGAAAACGUCCAGCGUGGUCCCAGCAAGGCGGCGGCUCUUGUUUUUCAUUCAUGUUGUUUCCCUUGCUUUCAUUAUUUUAAGGUUGUUCUUCAUAUAUUGUGUAGAGAUUGUAUAAUGUUUUCUGUACAAAUCUAUAAUAAAAUUUCUGUUCUGUUCUGUC